AUGGCGGAGCUUUCAUCAGAAGAAAUAUCUAUCAUCAAGGACCAUCCUCUAACCGGCUCGCUUAAUAGUUUAUGCCAAUUACUCCAAGAGACAGAGAAAGCCUACGAGUCACUUCUCAUCUCAGAAGAGGGCGCCGUCGAUAGUCUCAAUCGGCUUUAUCGAAACGCACUUUCAAAACUUGUGUUGGCUCUUAUAGAUGAAGCAGCAGCGUAUAAUCUUCAUUCACGAAUUGCCGAUCAAAACGUGGAGUCCGACUUGAUAGACUUGUUUAAGCAUCUUCGGCGAGACCUCCAGUAUGGCCACUACCGACCCCUAGUGCAGCUCAUCAUCCAAAAGGCCCCUGACGUUGACAUAUGGAAGGCCGUCUUUGAUCUCAUCGCUAUUAACUCUAAAGAAACCUCCCCGGUGAACGUUCCUCCCACGUUCGAUGGUACACCCGUCAAAUCUACAUCGUCGUCACAGAAGGGAACCGAACAGACGCGUCGGCUAGUGGAGGAAAGGAUCUUUGAAGAGAUUCGUAGUUGCACGUUUCGAGGCGUGGAUGGCUUCUUAACCAAGUACUUUGAAGAGACAGACUGGAGUGCGCGAUUGAAUGCCAUCUGCCAACGCGUCCUGGACUCUGCGAGUGGCGCGAGGUUCCCUAACCCACCCGUGCAGAACGAUGUUCUUAAAUGGUGGUUUCAGCUCCAAGAUGAUUUCCUCUCGGAUGCGCGCAGCAUAUACUUCUCCACAGCAAGCAAAGCGGAUCUUAUUGGUUCUGAAGCGGAGCGACAGGUUGACCUUUUGCUAAAGGCCCGAGUUCAAGGUGAUUCUGAAGAAGAGAAGCAUGAUUGGAAAGAUAUCCUUGUGGUAGGCGAAUUAAAGCAGUCAUCAAAUGAGAUCCAGACAAAAGACACACUACUUCAGCUUGCGCGCUAUCCAACUCGCCUAUUUGUCCAUGCAUUCGUUGUCUGCGGUACUAAGCUUGAAGCCUGGGUAUUUGACCGCUCCGGGCCCUAUAGCUCUGGCGUGUUAGAUAUCUAUAAGGACGCGAAGCAGUGUUUUCAGGUGAUCUUGGGCUACGCUAUGAUGAGUGAUGAGGAGCUAGGGCUUGACACCUUCACCACACUUAAUGCGAAUGGAGACCGUACGAUAACUAUCAAUAGCGCCGGGAAUACAGAAGAAAUAGUGUUACGACUCCACUCAACGCCGCUCUGCUCCCAGUACGCCAUUGUAUGUCGCGGGACAAGCUGUUUUCUUACAAACGGCGGUGAUACAGUGGAGGGAGUAGCAAAAUUCUCAUGGACAUCGGACAAGCGGCAGCCAGAGGCAGACCUCCUCCAGCUUGCCUGCCAGAGAGGUGUCCAAGGAAUCGCGAAAGUUAUCGGGUACCGCACCAUCACCACCAUUGCAGACCUGCGUUGCCGCCUGACAUUUGGCAGUCGCUAUACCUUUCGGGGUCGGAGACGCCGUGUGGCUUCACUGCUCGCACACUCGCGAUCUCGCAGCACCCCGUCUCAGCCACUAACUCAGCUUCAUAGCCCCGCUGGCACAUCUAGAAAGCGUAGAUUACCAGACGCCGGACCGCGAGCCUCCAAACGAUUACGGUCCAGUAACCGGCAGCGCAGAACAGAGCGACCGGAGCUUACUUUCUCAGUUGAGCCAGUACAUAAACCCAGUCUAUUCAACGAGGAUGAUGAGGUUUAUGAUAACCGCAUCCUCCGCUGCCUGGUUAUCUCACCCGCUGGCCGACCAAUCUACGAAUAUAAAUCACGGUUAGAGCUGCUCAUAGCACUCCGAGAUGGAUUAAUGGCGCACCGGUCUCUGUACCUUGAUGGGAAGAUUCUUCAUAGGGAUAUCUCAGAGAACAACAUCAUCAUUACCGAUCCUGAUAGCGCUGGUGGCAGGUCAGGCAUGCUUAUUGACCUUGAUCUUGCUAAGAAGGUCGGCAGCGAACCAAGCGGAGCACGACACCGAACAGGAACGAUGGAAUUCAUGGCGAUUGAGGUGUUACUUAAUGUGGACCACACUUAUCGCCAUGAUCUAGAGUCUUUUUUUUACGUGCUUAUCUGGCAGUGCGCCCGUCGCGGGUGGCAGAAGUUAAGAAAUCCACGACAAUUACAGGGCCAACCCAAAAAGAGUCUAUUAGAUGGAUGGUACACUGGCUCCUAUGAGCAAAUUUCCAGAAUGAAACGAGCUGAUAUGAGUGUGGAUGGGUUUGGAGAUAUCUUGCAGGAGUUCCCCCCGUUAUUUGAUUGUGUCAAGCCACUCUGCAGCGCCAUACGAGACAUACUCUUUCCUUACAAGAAUGGGCUUAUCGUCGGCACCCCCCAAGACCCAAAACAGCUGUAUGAACCUAUUCUCAAGGCGUAUGAGGACGCGAUCUCUCAACUUGCAAACGACCUUUAA